AUGACUUUGGCUAUUGAUCUCUUGAACCCCUCUGUCGAACAUGAGAAGCGUUCUCAUAAGCUCAAGCGUUUGGUGCAAUCCCCCAACUCUUACUUCAUGGACGUCAAGUGUCCCGGUUGUUUGAACAUCAGCACCGUCUUCAGCCACGCCCAAACCGUUGUCUUGUGUUCUUCUUGCGGUACCGUCCUCUGUCAACCUACCGGUGGUCGUGCUCGUUUGACUGAAGGCUGUUCUUUCCGUAGAAAGGCCAACUAG